AAGCUUAAAUGAAGUGGUGCUUAAACAUACCCUUUCUCCUUAGCUGCUUGCUGAAAUGGUCAGCUGCUUUCAUCAAGAGACAAAGGUACAUCCAGCUGGGACCCAUUCAGAACAGAGUAUUUUAGCUGCCUCUUGGAUACGCUGAAUGAAAAAGGAGCGUGAGAUCUGGAAGCUGUAAACAAACCAUAGCCACAGCUAUCACAUGCUGCGCUUGGACAGAGGCUAAACGUUCACAACCCUGAUGCAGGUCAUGCGAUGAAGCCAGCACAAAUGACCAGCUACUCAUUGCACAGCCAUUAGAGGCCCCAGGCAGUUGCACAGCUGGCUUGCCAAGACUGAAAGCCCAGAGAUCAAAAAGAAUAUGCAUUUUAAAAAGUCAUCGUCGGAAGAAGAAAGGAAGGAGUGGGCUGUUAGCAGCUGUCUGGGGAUGCGAGGAAGAGCCUGAGAAAGGAAGGGAAUGCAGCUGAGCCCAAAGACGGAGAUAACUCAACAGACCGGAAGAAUGUGGGCUGAAACUCACGGCUGCACAGCACUUAUUUCAGCAGCAGGUGGAAGUAAAUCCUAGUGCACCUGGGCGUAUGGAAACUCAAAAUAUCUGAUUGCCUUAAAGAAUGGCACUGAUACGCAGGCUUUCGCUGGGGAAAUGCGUCAAUGUGGCUCAGACGUGUCAGUGUGUACCAGGAGAGGAGCUCUGCAAGUAAUUCAGCACUGUGGGCUGCAUGUUGACUGCAAUGUGAUUUGUGGGGCAAUUCGGUUUCCUCAGAACUCCUGUAAGUCCUAAAGAACUGAUCCUGCAAAACUACUCCUUCAUAUGAGUGAGGGACCUGGAGCCCAGCACUUCUGCCUAUUCACUCUCUUCCCAUCAUGCUACAGUCCAUAGCUAGGUCAAGGAUAGAUUCCAGUGCUGUCACUGUUUUUGUUGUGAAGAACCUCAUUCCCUAGGAACUAGAGCUUCAACCUGCAAAGAAAUGGCAUCAGAUAUUCCUGGCUCCGUGGCCUUGCCAGUUGCACCAAUGGCAAGUGGACAAGUAAGAAUGGCAGGAUCCAUGCCUUCCAGAGGAGGAAAGCGCCGUUCUGGAAUGGACUUUGAUGAUGAAGAUGGAGAGGGUCCCAGCAAAUUUUCAAGGUAUGAUGGUGAUCAAAUCUCUGGUGAUAAGGAAAAGUUUGCAAGGUGGGAAGAUGAUCAAAGUACUGCUGACACAGAAAGGAUGGCCAGGGAGAAUCAUAGUGAAAUUGAAAGACGCAGGAGAAAUAAGAUGACGCAGUACAUCACCGAGCUGUCUGAUAUGGUACCCACUUGCAGUGCGUUGGCUCGUAAACCUGACAAGCUGACAAUUCUCCGGAUGGCGGUUUCACACAUGAAAUCAAUGAGGGGCACUGGAAACAAAUCUACCGACGGAGCUUAUAAGCCUUCGUUUCUUACAGAACAGGAACUGAAGCAUCUUAUCCUGGAGGCUGCAGAUGGGUUCCUGUUUGUAGUUGCAGCUGAGACCGGAAGAGUAAUCUAUGUGUCAGAUUCUGUGACUCCUGUGCUGAACCAGCCACAGUCUGAAUGGUUUGGCAGCACUCUCUAUGAGCAGGUUCAUCCAGAUGAUGUGGAGAAGCUGCGGGAGCAACUGUGCACAUCUGAAAACUCUAUGACAGGACGAAUACUGGACUUGAAGACUGGAACAGUAAAGAAGGAGGGUCAGCAGUCCUCAAUGAGAAUGUGCAUGGGAUCGAGACGCUCUUUCAUUUGCAGAAUGAGGUGUGGAAAUGCUCCCCUGGAUCAUUUACCUCUGAACAGAAUAACCACCAUGAGAAAAAGAUACAGGAAUGGCCUUGGCCCAGUAAAAGAAGGCGAAGCACAGUAUGCUGUUGUCCAUUGCACUGGCUAUAUCAAGGCUUGGCCACCAGCAGGAAUGACUAUACCAGAAGAAGAUGCUGAUGUGGGACAAGGUAGUAAAUAUUGCCUCGUGGCAAUAGGAAGGCUUCAGGUAACGAGCUCUCCAGUAUGCAUGGACAUGAAUGGCAUGUCGGUCCCAACUGAGUUCUUGUCUAGGCACAACUCUGAUGGAGUCAUCACCUUCGUUGACCCCAGAUGCAUCAGUGUCAUUGGCUACCAGCCGCAGGAUCUUUUGGGAAAAGACAUUUUAGAAUUCUGCCAUCCCGAAGAUCAAAGCCAUUUGAGGGAGAGUUUCCAACAGGUUGUGAAACUGAAAGGUCAAGUCCUGUCUGUGAUGUAUCGUUUUCGUACCAAAAACCGGGAAUGGAUGUUGAUCAGAACCAGCAGCUUCACAUUUCAGAAUCCUUAUUCCGAUGAAAUUGAAUACAUCAUCUGCACCAACACUAACGUAAAACAACUUCAGCAGCAGCAAGCAGAGCUUGAAGUACAUCAAAGAGAUGGGCUGUCGUCCUAUGACUUAUCUCAGGUGCCUGUUCCGAGUAUACCAGCUAAUGUUCAUGAGGGUGGAAAGUCUGUGGAAAAGCCAGAUGCUAUCUUCUCCCAAGAGAGAGAUCCUAGAUUUGCUGAGAUGUUUGCUGGAAUAGCUGCUUCAGAUAAAAAAAUGAUGGCUUCAGCAUCCACAGCGGGAAACCAGCAGCUUUAUUCACAAGGAAGCCCAUUUCAGCCAGGACAUUCAGGAAAAACUUUCAGUUCAUCCGUGGUACAUGUCCCUGGUGUGAACGACAUCCAGUCGUCUUCAUCAACAGGCCAGAAUCUGACACAGAUAUCUCGUCAGCUAAAUCAGAGUCAGGUUGCCUGGACAGGAAAUCGUCCACCUUUUCCAGGACAGCAAAUUCCGUCUCAGUCUGGCAAGGCUCAGUCGUCACCCUUUGGGAUUGGAACAAGUCACACUUACCCAGCUGAUCCAUCGUCAUACAGCCCUCUCUCCAGCCCCGCCACCUCUUCUCCAAGUGGAAAUGCCUACUCUAGCUUAGCAAACCGAAGUGCAGGGUUUGCCGAAGGUGGUCAGAGCAGUGGUCAGUUCCAGGGAAGACCUUCCGAAGUCUGGUCCCAGUGGCAGAGCCAGCACCAUAACCAGCAAAGCAGCGACCAGCAUUCGCAUCCACAGCCCAGUCAGACCGAAGUGUUCCAGGACAUGCUGCCAAUGCCGGGGGAUCCAACGCAGGGUACUGGCAAUUACAACAUUGAAGAUUUUGCUGAUCUGGGCAUGUUUCCACCAUUUUCUGAGUAGCUUGUGAAGCAGAAAUGGAGUUCCUCUCCAAGGCCAUUUCAAUGUCUUUUUGGCUCUGCUUUUUCUGUGUUGCAUUUCUGUAGAAGCUACUUAAACAGAAGUCACAUUUCUCAUAUAUCAGAUAGUGGUGUAGCGCUUGCUCUCUCCUCCUUGGGGUGCGUAAGUGCCAACAGAGGAGUUCCAGCACUUGUUGGUGUUCAUUGACAGCUCUUUUUUUUUCUGUUUUAUUAUCAUCUACCUCAGAGAUGAAAAACUGCUUGAUUUUAAAAAAAAAAAAAAAAAUCUCUGAGUCUUAAAUAUUUGAAUGUGAAUUAUACCUAAUAUUCCCUUUGGUAAUUUUUAAAUAGAUAAAGAAGUAACAAAGACUAACAGAGAAAAGGUAAGGUAAUGUCUCGUUACAGUGCCUACCGCUCAGUUUCGAUGCCUUGCUUUAAACUUAAGUUUCUGGAAGCAGACACAAUAUUCUGUUUUCUUUGAUCCUUGUAGUUUAUAGGUCAGUUUAAAUGUGAGAUUAAACAACAUAAUGUAGGCCUCUGACCAGAAGAUUCAGCUCCGCCUUUUCUAACUUAAACUUGAAUGUGUGUACAUUUUGGUACUUUAUGUAUAUCUUGUGCUAUAUGAAGUGAUUUCUGGUUUCUUUUGCCUUUAAAAAGGGUCCAUGCUGGAACGUACUGAAAAGGUUGGCAAUAUAUGUGGAGGAUUUAGAUGCUGGAGGAUUCUCCAUCACUUCACAUAGGUGUUCUUACUUUUCAUUCAGGUUGUUCUCUGUAAGGAACAAAUAUUUACUUACAUAAGCUAUUAGUCUGUUUUUGCACUGAACUGAGGCAAAUUCUAUAAACUCUAUAAAAUUUCUCACUGGCUGCUUUAAUUUCUAUUGCUUUCCUAAAAUGAUUGUCUCAUAAAAAUGACUGUAAACUCAUCCAGAUCAUCAUUUCUGUUUUAGCUGCAUUUCCUUUCUGUGAAAUACUUUUUAUACUGUGAAACCUCACAUUUUAACAGCGCAAGGUGGUGGCCUAUUGCAACAAAAUCAUCCGAGCUCAUUUGCUGCAAGUGGUGAGAUGGUUUUGUAGCGUACAAUGUUUUUAAAGCAAGUUGGUAAUAGAUAUCAAUCAUACUGUUGUCCGCUGAGUACACAGUGAUGAUGAUAACCUGAAUUUUUGCUUGGAUUCCCAAGCAGUCCCUUCCAUUUAAGCCCACCGUAUGAGAUUUUCAGCUUGCCGAGUGCUUGGAGGUUCUGACUAUUCUGAAGGCUAUAUGCUUUUCUGCAGGGGUAAGUUAAUUACCUUCCUCUCGGGCUAAUCAGCUACCAUAUAUAUUCAUGCAAAUCUAUUAGAUAGAUUUUUGUUUGAUAUUGCAUAUGCGUGCUGAGUUACAGAGACUGGGUUCUAAAAUCAACGUUUUUAUCCAUAUGUAUUCUCUUGGAAUGGAGGAGAAGGAGUUGCUCUUGAACAAGGAGCCCAGGAUUUUUUUAAUAACCUUUCAGGUGUGGAAGGUUGUAGCCAGCUUUUUCAGAAGGGGGAGAGGGUCCAGCUUCCCUAAGUCUUUGCGUAUUCAGGUCUGCCAUCACGGACCUUGAAAUAGCAACCAUGGGGCUUAGCCCCCAUCUGAAAGAUCUCGGUUUCUGCAGCGAUACCUAGACUCUGUGAUCUGGCUUCUCAUAGCUCCUCUUGAAGUCUGGGGUGUCUUCCAAUGGGAAGGGCCACACGCAUUAUUGCAGCCUGUCUUGCCAGGAUAACGUCUUGAAAAGCCACCAGUCCCCCGUCCUGCGGCCCGCCCUGACCACACAGGUUUCAUGCUGGAAAGCAGCACGGGCUGCUGGGCCGCAGCGAACGUGACGAGGAGACACUGCCCUAACCCUGGCCACUGCUUUAGCCAUACGCUACUUUUCCCAUCUGAUUUCGCUUUCCUGACCUUCUUGUAGAAUAGCAUGUAGUUUUCAAUAUCCAGGAGGAGUCUUUCCUACUGUUGUUCUUGCUAUAUCUGGAACCAGUUUCUUACCCUACAUGCAAGUGGGGCUGGAGACUUUUUUUUUUAGGAAAAUUAAAUCUAUCUUUAGGCUAGAUGUAGUGCUACAGAGGCCUCAAAUCCUCUGGCCUGUCGUUGCCUCACCAAAAUCACACUGAAAACAAAAAGAAUUGGAAUCUCUUCUCUCCCAGAGAUAGGGAAAAUACCCUCUUAGGAGAGAAAACCAUGCGCUUAAGCAUUAAUCAUUUAAAUACACAGAUAUUUAUUCUCUUGGCGCCUUCCCCUUUUCUGCUCGUGCUGCUUGGACGAAGGACCGCUCAUUGAAUUAGAUGAACAAAGCUCUGCUUUCCUCAGUGUGAAAUUCGCUGAUGUCUAUAAAAGAUGCCUCUGUGCUGCGCAGGCUGGAGGGAGACGGGCAGCAUCCGUGCAACGGGCACGCUUGUGAGAGGAGCAGCAGGGUCCCUAGCGUCUAAUCACGAGGGAGAGAGCGGUAAUGAGCAGUUUGUGUCUCUGUACAGAAGGUACUUGACACGAUGAAUUUCAGCUCUUCUAAAAUGUUUCAAAAACAUUUCUCUGUAAAACGAAAAAUGAAUUGAAAAAUGGUGUUCCUCUGUUUCACUUUACCUGACAGGUUGCUCUAAGUGUAUUUAUAGUUCACUUUUGUUCCUGAAUCCAGUCUAAAAAAAAGUUUUUUAUUUAUGUAAUUUUUUUCUCCCAAUAUCAGUGCAGAUACCUUCCUCAAUGUAUCAUAUUUUUUAUACUACUGUCGAAGGGUUCUCAUAUACAGAAUGUGAUUGUGCAGUUGAAGUGCACUGCUAGCAGAAUUGCAAAGCUUUUUUUUUUUUUAAUAC